CUUAAGAAAAGACAAGAUUCCUGAUCGCUGUAUAAUAAAGCUUUACUUCUGAAUCCAAGCAGCCCUUGGAACAAAACUCAAAACCCGGAUAUAAUCAUAAUAUAUAGACAAUGACAGAGUCUCAGAUGAGCACAUAUCGCAUGGUUAGCACACUAAAUAGCCAAGGAAGUUUUCGCAGAAUGGACAGUUCCCAGCAAAUUUCACAUAGUGGGCACACUUCCCCGGAACUGUCACUAUGUCUGUGCGAAUUUCCGUACAGUGGUCACAAGGCCCAUGGGAAUUUGCCCAGAGUGACCACAAGGUCCCUUGGAAUUCUUCCCAGAGUGACCACAAGGCCCCUAGGAAUUCUUCCCAGAGUGACCACAAGGUCCCUAGGAAUUCAUCCCAGAGUAACCACAAGGUCUCUAGGAAUUCUUCUCAGAGUGACCACAAGGUCCCUAGGAAUUCUUCUCAGGGUAACCACAAGGCCCCUUGGAAUUCUUCCUUGAGUGACCACAAGGCCCCUAGGAAUUCUUCCCAGGGUAACCACAAGGUCCCUAGGAAUUCAUCCCAGAGUAACCACAAGGUCCCUAGGAAUUCUUCCCAGAGUGACCACAAGGUCUCUAGGAAUUCUUCCCUGAGUGACCACAAGGUCCCUAGGAAUUCUUCCCAGAGUGACCACAAGGUCCCUAGGAAUUCUUCCAAGAGUGACCACAAGGUCCCUAGGAAUUCUUCCCAGAGUAACCACAAGGUCCCUAGGAAUUCUUCCCAGAGUGACCACAAGGUCUCUAGGAAUUCUUCCAAGAGUGACCACAAGGUCCCUAAGAAUUCUUCCAAGAGUGACCACAAGGUCCCUAGGAAUUCUUCCAAGAGUGACCACAAGGUCCCUAGGAAUUCUUCCCAAAGUGACAAGGUUCCCAGGAAUUCUUCCCAGUGUGACCACAAGGUCCCUAGGAAUUCUUCCCAGAGUGACAAGGUCCCUAGGAAUUCUUCCCAGUGA